AUGGACCAGAACUUCACACCAUACUCGACACCCUUUAGCCUAUAUCUCAAGGCUAAACCAGAUACCUACUCCGUCUCAUGGGUGAACACAUUGCCGACAAUCGCAACAGCACUAUCCGUCGUAUCCGCACUAGGAGCGGGUGUUACCGCCGAUCGCCUGCGAAAUUUCUGGAUUCCCUCCGUGGCGACCAGCAUUCCCGUCCUGCUCGGUGUUAUUCUGCUCGUUGUCUAUAAUGUCGGGGAAACAGGGCGACUGCUAGGGUUCAUCCUCACUGGAUUCGAGGGCGCAAUUAGUCCGCUCAGUAUGAGUUGGGCGACUGUCACCAUGGCCAAGGAUGCUGAGGAACGCGCUAUUGUCACGGCAAGCAUGAAUGCGAUCGGCCAGGCCAUGGCAGCAUAG